GAUCCAGUACCAGCCAGAGUGCUUGAUUAGAGUGGUAACAAGGGCGUGCGCAUUUGUGCCGAUGAGUCGCAGCCAUAUUCACGGCGAUCUGAAUAGUGAUAUUAGCAAAAAUGUCAACCCGAAGGGUAACUAGAGCGGCCGUAGCCAAAGCUGCCGCCGAAGCUUCAUCGUCACCAGGCAUAUCAACGGCUUCAUCCAGCGACCCCCUUAUUAUCAAGACCAAGUCCAAGAUCACCGAACCAUCAGCAUCCUCAAGUAUCACCUCAAUCAAAUCAAAGCCCAAACCAAGCUCAACUUCAUCAUCGUUAUCAUCAACCACACAAACCCUCAGUUUCCCAUCCGCCUCCCAUUUCGACGCCUGGCUCCUCUCCUCCGGCACCUCAACACCCUCCGGCAUCUGGCUACGCUUCAGCAAAAAAUCAAUCAUCGCAAAAGUCCCCUCCAUCAGCUACCUCGAUGCCGUCGACACCUCUCUCUGCCACGGCUGGAUCGACGGCCAGCGCAAACGCCUCGAUGACCACUUCUUCCUGCAGCGCUUCACACCUCGCCGGCCCCGAAGCCUAUGGUCUGCCCGCAACGUCGAGCGCGUCGAGAUGUUGACGGCUGAGGGCCGGAUGAAGCCUGCAGGCAUCGCUGCUGUGGAUGCUGCGAAGGGGGAUGGGCGCUGGGAUAAGGCUUACGCGGGGCCAGCGACAAUCGAGGUUCCUGAGGAUUUUGAGGUGGCGCUGGCUGAGAAUGAAGCGGCAAAGGUGAUGUUCCAGGGGCUGAGCAAGUCGCAAAGAUAUUCGUUCCUGUGGCGCAUUCAUACAGCCAAGAAGAGUGAGACGAGGGAACGGAGGAUCCGAGAGUUUGUCAAUCUCUUGGCCGAGGGGAAGGCGUUACAAGGCACGUUGCAGACCCGAGUAUCAUAAUAUACCAAGAUGAUGGUAUGUAUUAUCGGAGGGGUUGGUCAUUAUAAUCAUCUAUAGAGGAUGUCCUAGUAUCGUAAAC